AUGAAGUUCGAAUCGGGAGAUCUGGCCAUCUGCGAUGUAUGCGGGACCCAGUACGAUGUUUCACUCUUGUCACCACCAAAGGAGUGUCGAGUCUGUCUUGACCCACGUCAAUACGUCCCCGCCCACGGCCAAACCUGGACCAGUCUCAACGACUCACAAGCCACUCAGAAAAACGAGUUCAAGACAGACGAACAUGAUCCUCGCAUCCACUACAUCACUACCGCGCCCCUGACACCUGCAGAGCUCUCUCCCGGCCUCAGCGACAGCACAACAACCCGCAAACAACUCGGCAUCGGCGAGCGCGCCAUUCUCCUCCAAACACCCCAUGGCAAUGUGCUCUGGGACCUAAUUGCCUUCUUGAACCAAGAAACCAUCAAUUUCAUCAACGAGAAGGGGGGGUUAAAGGCGAUUGUGAUCAGUCACCCGCAUUUCUACACCACGCACCUCGAAUGGGCUAGUCAGUUCAAAUGUCCAGUAUAUGUAGCGUCCGACGAUGCGGAGUGGUUGAACAGGAAAGACUUGCACGGAGUGAGAAAACUGUACAAAGGCGCAGAAGAAAUCGUCCCAGGCGUGACGGUGAUCCAGUGCGGCGGCCAUUUUGACGGGAGCAGCGUGCUGCACUGGGAGAAGAAACUCUUCAUCGCAGACACCAUGAUGAGUGUGCCCUCCGGCUUCUUCAACGCCGCGCAGCCGGCCGCCCACCCGCUCACUGCCAGCUUCUCGUUCAUGUGGAGCUACCCGAACAUGAUCCCGCUGCCGCCCGCCAAGAUCCACGGUAUCUGGAAAGCGCUCAGGGCGUUUGAGUUCGAGGAGACGUAUGGCGGGUUUCCGGGGCAGAACGUCGCUCGGACGGGGCUGAAGUGGCAGGUGCUCGAGAGCAUGAAGGUGUUUCUGCGGGUAGGCGGGCACGAGCGCGCCGGCAUCUACCAAGAAGAGUACUAG